AGGCAGGGGUUCGGCAAUGGCAAAGAACUUGGCAAGAGAUGGAAAUGGGAGCAGUUCAGGGACCAGAAUUAGUUCCAUUAGUACUAAUGUCCAAAAUCUAUGCUAAAUUAUUCACAAAUCAAUGUCCACUCAUUUUAGUCUUUGGCUCUGGUGAUUCAGUAACCAGUGCUCUAACACUGGGAUGACUCUGGCUCCCUGGGGCCAGAUCCCGUUCUGUAGCUCCCUCAGGAACAACCGUCACAGAUUCAAGGCCAGUGGGGGUCCCAAGGCUCAAGGCCUGUUCCUCCCACCCUCAUCUGCAGAUUUUUCCAGCUGCUUUUCUUGACCCAAGGACCACGUAGGGAUACAAAUGGAAGUUUGGGGACGGGAGGGGAGAGCAGGGAAAAGUGAAGUCAGAAUGAGCAGAGGAAGAGGCAUAUGUUAGAAAGAAGGGAUGGGAGAAAUGGCACUAGUGGUCCAGCCAUCUGACACAGGAGACUUGGGACGUCUUUUCAAGUAGUGACUGUGUUGGGGCAUGGACUGGGCUGAAGCCUCAGAGACCCAGCUGAAAACCCUGGGGCCAGGAUCAUGUCUGCAAACAAAGGCUGGUGGGCACCACCUGAGGGAGAAGACAGUGUGUCUCAGAAGUUCCUGAGGAAGACCAGGGAGUCUCCACUGGUGCCUGUCGGCUUAGGAGGCUGCCUGGCAGUGGUAGCCUACCGGAUUUAUCGGCUGAAGGCCCGUGGUUCCACCAAGAUGUCCAUACACCUGAUUCACACCCGUGUGGCCGCGCAGGCCUGUGCCGUGGGUGCGGUCAUGCUAGGUGCUGUGUACACGAUGUACAGAGACUACGUCAAGAGAUCGGCACAGGACCCCGGGGAGAAAUAGGACUCCUGGGGCAGCCAGAGCCUCGUCCAUCAAUCCCUGGUACGUUCCUAAUAAAGCAGUUUUGAAGAAAAUCAAGUCUCUUCUUCACAUGGGGGAUAGUAGAGUAAGGGACCGAUAGCAGUGUGUGUCUGUGUGUCUGUUUGUGCGUGUGUAUGGUUUAGAGAAAGGUUUAGAAGUCAGAGUCCUGGACUGAAGCCCCCAGCCCCAGGGCAAGGGAGAUUCUCCAGGGACAAGAGCCUCUGGUCCCAGAAGCCUGACACCUCCCAAGCCAGCCCAGGUGCUAAGCAGAAGGAGGAAAGUAAAGAGGCAAGUGCGGGAGGGGGAAGGGCAGAGGUAAGAAAGGGGCCUCAACAUUCACGGGAGCACUGACUAGAGAGACCGGCAUCCCUCCCACCACAGGCUGCUGCCCAGGGCAUCCAGGCAGGAAGACUGCAGCUGGGAGAAGAGACAUAGGAGACGACAUAUAUUCAGAACCCAAGUG